AUGAAUUCAGCUACAGCAGCAGCAAUCUGGUAUGAUUCAUUCAAUUUUCUGAUGAGUUCCAGCGGCCAACAAGAGGUCCUCACAGCAUCACAAGGGCCAAACGCAACAACCGAAGGAGACAGUUUCCUAGAUCGUGCUUAUGAAUAUGGUGGCAAUGUUCUCAACUGGAUCAAGUAUAUUCUAAAGUGGUCACUUGUUUGCGAAGAAUCGCGGCAAAGGGAGCAGACCCAAAUGGAGAAGAUUAUUGGUACAGAGAGUGACCCGACAGCACCAAGUGACUUGCAGCCAGUCACCGAGACAGUCAUGUUUGAUUCUGCUACCAUAAUGGCAACGCUGAUCAUAACGUUCUGUGUCUUCUACUUCAUUGAUUUCUUCGUGCAGAUAUUUGCUGGAAUAUCUGGAGCAGAUAUUUCGCCUUCUUUAGCUAGUAUCCCGCCAGUAAUACCGACCAGACCACGACGUCGUAAGAAGGGCUCGUCGUUGUCAAGAGAAUCAAGAGAAACCACUGUUUCUACUCAAUCAACAUUGUCUCGACCGGAUACAACCCAAAGCUCCGAAAGCGGCUCUGCCGCAGUUCCUAUGAAGGAAAUCCUUACUAAGAGCUUUAAGAGCUCGAAAGAGCCAAUCUCAGCUAAGCGAGAAAAAAGCUCAAAAGAGAACACGCCCUCAAAAAGUGGAAAGGUUACUUCAGAUCGAAAGCUGGCUGGAAGAUCACCGCUCAAACACAUUCGAGAAAUUGGUAUUGAGUCAACACUGAGAGAAGAAAAGGAUUGUGAUCAAAGAUACGGAUUCGAUGGCGACCAGGUUCCCUGCAAUUGCGGUAGACUGAGCAGAGUCUUUACAACGAAAGAUGAAGAAACUCAAACGGAUUGCGAUGUCGUUACUGCAGAAAACUACUCGAAUACCGAUGGUGCCUCGAGCAUCCACACUCAUUACUGCACUCAUAAUCUGAAGGGAUACAAGCGAAGAACACGUGAUUAUGUGUACGACGAAGACCAUGGACUACCGUAUGCUGAUGAUCUGUCUGGAGAAGAAUUCGGAAUUUAUCAGUAUGAUAAAUUCAAGGUUCGCUUGGGAUACGAGGCUCAAUUAGAGGAGCUCCGCACUGAGUUUUCCAUCGACGAUGCCUCAGAGCAGGAAAAAGCUGUGGACGAAUGGGAGUGCCGGGAACCGGAGACUGUCUAUGCUGCACCUCCUCCCAAUCCAAGGCAUUCUCUCGAAGUUUCAAUGUCAGAGGAUGAACUAGACUCACUUUACAAAACAGCAGAAAAUAUCUUCCGAAAAGUUGCAGCUCAUAGUCAUGAAAGAGGACACAAUGAUAAUGCGAACGGAGAAGGAAGCAAGGAGGAGGAAAACUGUGCUGUUGACAUAGCCGAGAGCGCAAAAAAUAUUAUUGACGGUGUGGAGCUCAUUGCCAACCCUCCAACACGAAUACUGUCCUCCACGGAUUGCCGUGAACUCGGAGAUGGUGGAGCGUUCGCAGAUGAAAUUGUUGAACAUGCUCUGAAUAACGAAGCCACAGGCGACGAGUCAUUUCACAUCGAUGACUUUGAUGCAAACGAAAACAACGCAGAACCUGACUGGGAAGAGCCACGAGACCUGGAUCUAUCUGGCAGUCAGGAUUACCGGGAAAGAUCAGAAGCAUUUCUGAGGAAUGAAAAUACAAGGUUACAUGAAUGCGACUCCAAAACUGCAAGAUCCCUUAGCGUCUUUGAUGUACGACAGUCCAUGAAACUCCGACGUUUUCAUCAUGUUCUCUUCAGCUAUCCGGACAAACACGCAGAAAAGGUUUUGCUCACGGGAUCAUUCUUUGGUUGGAAACUUUCCAUGCCGAUGCAGAGAGAGGGGGACAUUUUUCGACUGUCAAUAACCUUGCCGGCUGGUGAACAUAAAUACAGAUUUCAAGUAUUUCGUCGCAAAUGAGAAUUUAAUGUAGAAGCUUCUGAAAU